CCUGCAGGCCCCGCCCCUGCCUCCUCCCCUCUCCGCUCGCUGCUCCCGGAGUAGUUGGUGCCAGUGAAGUGAGGGCGGCGAUGAGAGCGAAAGUUGCGCUCGGCUCGUCGCUGGGGGCUUGAAGCGGCUCCGCGCUCUACCCGUCUGGGCCUCCCCCGACUCGGACUCGCGCCCGUGGGCUCCCGUAGCGCCCGCCCGGCCCCGCGCCCCCUCCCCCGGCUCGGCGCCCCCUCCUCAGGAGCCGCGGGUCCCCGCCACUUUCGCACGGCCCCGGCCCCCGCCGAUGCCGGCCAUGGUGGAGAAGGGCCCCGAGGUCUCAGGGAAGCGAAGAGGGAGGAACAACGCGGCCGUCUCCGCCGCCGCCGCCGCCGCCGCCUCCGCCGCCGCCGCCUCGGCCGCCGCCGCCGCCGCCUCCGCCGCCGCCGCCUCGGCCGCCUGCGCCUCGCCAGCCGCCACUGCCGCCUCGGGCGCCGCCGCCUCCUCCGCCUCGGCUGCCGCCGCCUCGGCCGCCGCCGCCCCCAAUAAUGGCCAGAAUAAAAGUUUGGCGGCGGCGGCGCCCAAUGGCAACAGCAGCAGCAACUCCUGGGAGGAAGGCAGCUCGGGCUCGUCCAGCGACGAGGAGCACGGUGGCGGUGGCAUGAGGGUCGGACCCCAGUACCAGGCGGUGGUGCCCGAUUUCGACCCCGCCAAACUGGCAAGACGCAGUCAAGAACGGGACAAUCUUGGCAUGUUGGUCUGGUCACCCAAUCAAAAUCUGUCAGAAGCAAAGUUGGACGAAUACAUUGCCAUUGCCAAAGAAAAGCAUGGGUACAACAUGGAACAGGCUCUUGGGAUGCUCUUCUGGCAUAAACAUAAUAUCGAAAAGUCGUUGGCUGACUUGCCCAACUUUACCCCUUUCCCAGAUGAGUGGACUGUGGAAGAUAAAGUCUUAUUUGAGCAAGCCUUUAGUUUUCAUGGGAAAACUUUUCAUAGAAUCCAACAAAUGCUUCCUGAUAAAUCUAUAGCAAGUCUGGUAAAAUUUUACUAUUCUUGGAAGAAGACAAGGACUAAAACUAGUGUGAUGGAUCGCCAUGCCCGGAAACAAAAACGGGAGCGGGAGGAGAGUGAGGAUGAACUGGAAGAAACAAAUGGAAAUAAUCCCAUUGACAUUGAGGUUGAUCAAAACAAGGAAAGCAAAAAGGAGGUGCCCCCUACUGAGACAGUUCCUCAGGUCAAAAAAGAAAAACAUAGCACACAAGCUAAAAAUAGAGCAAAAAGGAAACCUCCUAAAGGAAUGUUUCUUUCUCAAGAAGAUGUGGAGGCUGUUUCUGCCAAUGCCACUGCUGCUACCACGGUGCUGAGACAACUAGACAUGGAACUAGUUUCAGUCAAACGACAGAUCCAGAAUAUUAAACAGACAAACAGUGCUCUCAAAGAAAAACUUGAUGGUGGAAUAGAACCUUACCGACUUCCAGAGGUCAUUCAGAAAUGUAACGCACGUUGGACUACAGAAGAGCAGCUUCUCGCCGUACAAGCCAUCAGAAAAUACGGCCGAGAUUUUCAGGCAAUCUCAGAUGUGAUCGGGAACAAAUCAGUGGUGCAAGUGAAAAACUUUUUUGUAAAUUAUCGACGCCGCUUCAACAUAGAUGAAGUUUUACAAGAAUGGGAGGCAGAACAUGGUAAAGAAGAGACCAAUGGGCCUAGUAACCAGAAGCCUGUGAAGUCCCCAGAUAAUUCCAUUAAGAUGCCUGAAGAGGAAGACGAGGCUCCUUCUGUUCUGGAUGUCAGAUAUGCAUCUGCCUCCUGAGAAACUCUGGUGGCUUUGGACACUUGGUGUGGACUACUGUGUUAUCCGGGAUAUCAGGUAUUAUGAGACAUCACCUAGCCAUCUGCAUCACAUCUCUCUGGACAAGCAGCUAUUACCAAAAAAGGCAUAUACUUCCAGUCCUGUGCUCCAUCUGCCUUAAUUCUUUGCUCGUUCCUCCAUGUUGGCGCCACUUCCCAGAGAGCUCCACUGCAUCUCACAGUCUGCCCACGUGCUGGGGAAAUCUCAUGGCCUGCACAUCUCUUGUGACUCUGGGAACCGCCUCCCCCGCCGGAGCCCCCGAGCCCCACCAAUGGCAGCUCUUCCCAGUCAGCAGCUUCAGAGCAGGCAGUCUCCUUGGAAGGCCCGACUCUGUUCCUGCAUGGCCUGCAAUUUCUACUUUGUGCAUAGAGUAAUUUUCAGAGUAACCGCGACCCUGUUGGCCUUCUAGAAAGUUUGUCUUUUUCUUUUCUGAGACAACCACCUAAGUGAUAAUAUGCUUUUUUGGAAAUCAAUAUAUAUUGCCGGACUGCAUCAUAACCUUUAUCAUGCCAAGCAUCCUGAUGCAGCUCACAUUUCCCUAAACAUGGGGUAUAGGUAUGGUUUAUAAAUUGAGUUGGCUUAAACCUCUCCCUUCUCCCUUCCCAAGUGUCACAAAGCUCAUUUACUGCAACUGUCAUUGGACACUGUAGCUUAAAGGGAAUGUGGACCUCAAUGCUUUCUGCCUUCAACUUUUCAGCAUUGUGACCCCAGGGUGGGUGCCACCCCAUCUUUUCCUGCCCCACCCCCACCCCCCAUCUCCAAGAGGUUCGGCCCACAUCACUGUACCUGGUGCUUGUACAUUUGGAAUUGGUGCCUUCUCCUUUUGGCAACCAUGGUAUCAAUCCUUUUUCUCUUUUAGUGUCUUAUUUCUUCUUUCAAGUUAUUUGCUAGCCAAAGAUGACAUCACUGAGAUUAGGAAACAGGGGAGAGCUUGCUGCAGAUUCUGACAGUGCAGAUUUUAAAUGUCAGGAUAUUAGGAUAGCUGUCGCUGGUUUAUGAAAGCUGCAUGUUGUUCCACGUUCUCUCGGUGUGCCUGGCCCUUUAAGUGGCACACUGUAUGUCAGUUUGUGUCCUUCGUGUGCUGAUGUGAUUACACAAACACCAUCCACUCUCUUUUCCUAUCAGAGUACAGGACAGAGAAGUGAUCAAUGUAUUGGUCUAGUGAGACUGAGAUGAAAAGAAAUAACCUACAAAGUGGUCUGUAAUGCCUUUUGGUUGGACUGGGAACAAGUAAAAAUUUCUAAUAAACAUCUUGAGACUUCCAGAAUCACUUUUGUUAUCUUACCAGACCUUGGGCCUGCUGAGGGUUGAGGAGCAGACAGACUGCAUUCUAACAUACCCUGUUCCCACCCCACGGCCAUUCAGACUGCACUAAAUACGCUGAAGUUGCUUUUGUUGUUGUUAUUUGCAUCGUUUGGAUAUUUUUUUUUCUGCUUUCAAUACCAAAAAAAUGCAGAUGCUUUAAGGCAUAAACAGAAUUCUUAAGAAUUUAAAAUAUGCAAUUAAAAUUUGAUAUGUUUUGACUCCCAAGCACCUUGUUUUUUGUUGUUGUUGUUGAAAUCAGCUGAUUAUCUCUUUAGAAAGAGGGUCAGCUAGAAGCCUAGGUUUUUUGGAAUUGCAAAUUUUUUUUAGUAUAGUCUGGAGAAAGGUCCUUCAAAAGGGAAGUUCAAUGGGACUUGCCCGCCCUUCAUCAUCUCGUUCCCGUGCCAGGUGUGUGUUGGUCACGUAAAAGCCUGGGAAGCAUCAGAGGAGUCCCGGAUUGCCGCUGCUGUGUGGAGACAGGGUUAGCAAAACGACACUAGUGAUGAGGGAGGGGCUUCUUUUCACCAUAAGCCUGCUGUGUACACCGAGGGCGGCGGGAGAAGCAUGGGAAGGAGUCAGCCUAAGUUUGCACAUUGCGUAAAGGGGACACUAAGGUAUGAGCUGAAGCUUUAGGUUCUCCUUGCUUCCCUCAAGACCUCCUUCUUGCUAACAGAAGCAGUAGGCAGUUGCUGCAGUACGUUUCUCACCCUGCCAAUAGGUCUGUCUGUGUCUCUCUUAAGGAAAAUAGCCUGGUCCCUCCUGGCAGUGCUUGGAAGCUUGAUGCUGAUUCUUAUAUAGCGUGGCAAGCCGACCAGCAGUGCCAGGCCUUGAUCUGUAUUCUGCACUAUCCCUUUACUGGGUUCCUGGCACUGAAUGGCCUCCAGCCCUGAAGAAUCACUUGUGAUCACAGCAACUGAACUGGGCUUUCUCCCAGAGAGGAAGGGGCGUGUCAUUUUGACUUGACAGAGGGAAAAAUGGGAGCUGUCCUUGACUGCCUUUGUUGUGCUUUCCCGCGUAAGAUAGCACUGUGUUUUCAACUGUUUUCAUUACACCGUCUUUGCAAUGAUGUAAAUGUAAGAGAUCACUCAGCUUUAAAAGCAAAGUGGUUUCAUCUUAUUUAUAUGAAGACUUUUUAACAUAUCAAGAAUUAGGUGCAUUGGCAGGUAGGGUUUGGGGUGUGAUAACUGCUUCAGAUGGAAUGUUCACUUAAGCUUUGUCUUCUUAAAAAUGAUCAAUGUGAAUGUCAUAAUUAUAUAUAUUUUUGUGGAAAACUUUCUCCUAAGUAUAAGUUAUUGUGCAAAAUAUAGUAUCAUUGAUGCAAAUAAUAGUUUAACUUUUAGUUUAGAAAUCCUAAAAGAUAUAAAUUGUAUUGCAUAUGCAUUAAAAGUUUGUUUUAUUUAAUUUUAUGUAGAUGUGUAAAGUGUUAGGUAAAAUUUUUUUCACUUACCCAUUUAAACACCUUGUUACUUGAAUAUUGUGUUGACUGGUCUGCAACAGUGAUCCACUCUGUAAUAUAGCUCUUUUAACUGGGAAGGAACCACGCCCCAGCUGUGCUGAUUACAUUAGUGUUGGCACACAGCCGGGUGCUCGUGUAACACAAGUGCCACGUUGUCUGGGUGUACAGUGUUUGUGGAGACGCCACUUCCUCAAAAUGGUUUUUGAUCGUUUUUAACCUGUAAGACCUUUUGAUGCUCACAAACCUCUAUUCAACACACAAAACAAAAAUGAAAAGGUAGUUGGGUUGUAAAAGUUUACUGUGGUGGACUCAUUAAGCGGUGGUUUUCUGUUCAUCUAAAGUUUCCUCAGAUACCACAGACCACUAUUAAGUGUGCUCAUUGUCACUUUAAAUUUCAGCUAUACCCUAUUUUUGUCAUUCUAAAUAUCAGACGUACUAUUGGUAUAAUUGCACACCAAAAAUAAGCCAAACAGUGCAUUAUGCUAACUGGAUCCCUGCUUUUAUGUGAGCUAAGGAAAGAUGGAGCCAACUCCAACUAGGGCCUCUUUUUCUCUCUCGUCUAUCCUGUUUCUAAACCGAAUGAUCCAGGAUUCAAGCUUCUAGUGUCAAGUGAAACUUUCCUCAGAUGAACUCCAGGUAGCUAGGUCACCUAAAUCUAGUGGUCCUGUGUGAUGCUCUUUCUGCCAGUCCCUGAAUCUCUGCAGCUUCUCUUACCUGUAGUAAAGCACAAUUGCAGUGACGUCGCAUUCCGAAGAAGGAAGGUCAGCAGAGGCUAUGCAUGUUGUGUGAUGAUGAGUGUUUACAGCCACCUUCUCCUAAAACGAAAUUUAUACUGGGGUGGAUAGUAUUCCAUUAUGUAGACUUAUCGACUUUGCUAAGUGCUUUUUAGACAGCUUAAAAAAUUUUCAAGAUUUUAAAAGAUGUAUAAGGUUAAGUUUGCAAAUAUAAUGGAAAUGCUGUAUAUCUUUUGAAGUGAUAAAAUCCACGUUGGAAUUUUAAAGAAAAUAUGUUGUGAUAAUGCUGUUGUAAGUAAUAUUUUAAUGUCUCUUUGCCUGUUUUCUAUUUCAGCACAUUCAUUGUGGUGAAUGUUCAUAGCAUUAUAACUGCUUAGCCAUUGAAUGAUAACAUUUGUUAGUGGAAAUUGGAAAAUUUAUUUGUGAAAUUCUGCAGAAUUCAUUUUUCUAUUUCCAAUAUUUGCUGAGGUUAAAUAAAAAUUUUCAAGCCAUUGAUGUAAUAAAAUAUGAAAUGAAAGCA